UAAAUAUAUUUCUCGAGUUAAAUUGCCUUUCCCUGCAGCCAAGUGUAAUAAAGUGUGAUACACUUUUGGUGGGUGUUAUUUCUUAUCAAUGAUGAUAGAAAUGACUUAUUGAUGAGUUCAGGCAAAUUUUGCACUUGCUAAACAACCAUUUGAAUUUAACAACCAUGGAUGGAUAUAUACCUAUUCUAAAUCAAGAUCAAAUCACCCCCGAACGCGACCGCCACUCACAACGUGAACGCGACAGACUCAAUCGACUUCAGAUGACGUCUCCUACAAGGCCUCCGCUUCCUGUACCCCAGCCUAAUUUUGUGCUGGCUAAUGAGCCCCAAGCAGGGCCUGUUCCACAACCUUUUGUGGAGCAACCUCCUCCCUACUUCCGAUAUCAACCGCUACCAGUCGAGCAGUAUCCUGGCUUGCCACGAAAUGCAAUUGCGCAUGUGCAGCGUGCUCAUCAUCAUCCUCCAGUGGAUUAUAAUGCACGCUUGAAUGAGCAAAUGAAUGCAGCUCAUAAUGAUAGAUGCCAUCGAUGUAAUAUUCGUCGGCAACAGGACAGAGAUGAGAUAAGACAGCAGGCACAGGCAGAACUCAUGCAGCCUCCACAGGUGCUUCCAAUUCCUAACCAGCACAUUCAACCUGCUCCUCCCACUCCUCCUGCAUAUGGCCCUAUUCAUUAUGAGGGUCCUCACAACUUUGACAAUCCUCUGCGCUACUUUGCGCCUAAUCAUGCACCACCUAUGCCUGCACUACCAGAACCAGAUUAUCAACAGUUUAAUCUUCAGUUUCAAAAUCAUAUCAAUGCAGAGCAAAGGGAACAUGAGCGCAUUAGAAAUGACUUACUUCAAAGGCAAGCACAGGAGGAAUUCCGUCGAAAUCAAGUGCAGCUACAAUUGCAGCAGCAAGAGGCUGAGAGGGUCCAUAGACAGGCUCAAUUGCAGCAGGAGGAGGCUCUUCACCUGCAGCAGCAAGAAGCUGAAAGGAUCCAAAGACAGGCUCAAUUGCAGCAGCAGGAGGCUUUUCGCCUGCAGCAGCAAGAAGCUGAGAGGAUUCAGAGAUUAGCUCUAUGGCAGCAGCAAGAGGCUCUUCGCUUGCAGCAACAAGAAGUCGAGGAAAUCCAGAGACAGGCUCAAUUGCAGCAGCAGGAAGAGGAACUGCGAAGAGGGUUGGCAUCUCGACAUCCCUAUAAACAUCAAUGA